AAAAUGGGGUUCGCUUCUCAAAAACCCUAGAGAAGAGAAGAACGAGAGAAGCGCCGCAUCAGAAGCAGAAAGGGACACAUAAAAAGUGAGAGAGGGGAAGCAGACAGGCUCAGUUUUAGUUCACAAUUCAAAAGGAAGACUUCGAGAGACAAGCCAAAAAGACAAAUAGAAUACAGAAGCGCAUUAGCCAAAGCCAAACCGCAUCUGUGAGUGUGAGACGGGGAAAAGAGGAAAGAGAGGGAACAUGUAGAGCGAGGAGAGCGAUGAUGACGGAAAGGAAAAGCUGUCGGGCAGAUAGUUAGAGCAAAUCACGGAUUGCGGAAGAGCCAACCGACAGCGAGGCGAGCGGGAGUGGCAUAGCACCGUCCUAACCAAAAACUGCGGCAUCCUUCUUCCUAUAACCAAACGCCCGUACUUGACUUGACUCAACCAAACCCAAACCGGCCCCUACACAAGAACAGCCACGCUUCGUCCUGAAAUUUGAGAUUCCAUUCCUCUGCUCAAAGCCUCAACCCGACCCACCCACCUAAAAUGCGCUCCAAACCCGAAACACAAACCUUCAGCGCUUCGAUGGAGCCGCUGUCGUCCGGCUCGGUGGACCCGAUCUUUCACCUCCUCCGGAUCCUCCCUUUCAGCUUCCUCCGCCUGCCCAAGCUCCGCCUCAAGCUCCCAACCCUAACCCUCCCCUCCCCGAUGACCGUCUACGCCCUCGUCCUCCUUACCUACUUCAUGGUGGUCUCCGGCAUCGUAUACGACGUCAUCGUCGAGCCCCCCGGCAUCGGAUCCACCCAGGACCGCGCCACCGGCUCUGUACGACCCGUCGUCUUCCUUCCCGGACGCGUUAACGGCCAGUACAUCGUCGAGGGCCUCUCGUCUGGGUUCAUGUUCGUGCUUGGAGGCGUCGGCAUCAUUCUCAUGGACCUCGCGCUCGACCGCAACCGCGCCAAAUCCGUCAAGGUCUCCUACGCCACCGCGGGGAUCUCCUCCGUGGUAAUUGCUUACGUGAUGAGUAUGCUAUUUAUUCGGAUCAAGAUCCCGGCUUAUCUUAGUUGAACUUUUUGCAAUUCGGUUUGGAAUCGUAUAUGUUUCUUCUAUGUUCCGCGGGAUUCUAUUCUAGGUUGAUUUCUUGAGAUGAAGUUUUUGUAUGGAUCAUGGAUAUCUUCUCAACUCAAUAGCGCUACUUGUUAGGUUUUUCCUAUUUAUGAAUCAUUGCCAUUAUUGUGGUUGUGUUGGAUGUUGCCAUUAUCUAUUAGCGCGUGAUCUGCUUGAGUAGAAUAUCUCUGCCUAUCCGGACGACAGGACCAUGGUUUGAAUCAUAUAUUCAGUUCUCAUUUCCUGU